UCUCGCUCACACACACACACACACAUACACAGAUUGCUAAGCUAAGCUAACGGAACUCGGUCCGGUCCGGUAAAGGAGGAGGAGGAGGAAGAAGAGGAGGAGGAAGAAGAGGAGGAGGAAGAAGAGGAGGAGGAGGACAGGACAGCUCCGCCUUCACCUUGUCACGGAAUUCGCGAGGGAGAAUUACAGCACGUCAGAUCCUGAAAAAACAGAUCCUAAUCCAUUUACUAACACUAGCGGCUCGAGCGAGUUUUAUAUUCAUGCGUGAUUCCAUAGCGGACGCGUCUUUGUUUCUAAGGGCAUUUGUACGUGUUUAUUACCAAUGUGCAACUUUUACACUCCAGUCUACCGAAAUUGCUGCAGGACACGUUGAUCGCGCUGCUGCCAACUCCCUGAUUUAGCUCUGUUUGUGUGUUUGUGAGUCUCAUCAGCUCGGGAAUUAUGGGAUGCUGCGGUAGCACACAGAAGACCCGCGAGUGGAAACCCUUAGAGCAGAGGACGUGCACAGAUAUCCCAUGGCUGCUCCUGUUCAUCCUCUUCAAUGUCGGCAUGCUCUGCAUCUGUGGCUUCGCCAUAGCGACAGGGGCCGCCUCCAGACUCAUAUCAGGGUACGACAGCUACGGGAACACCUGCGGUCAGAAGAACGCCAAAAUCCCAGGAAUAGAUCUCAGCGGCCGCGACCACACCUCCAGAAAGUAUGUGUUUUUCCUGGACCCCUGUAACAUCGACAUACUGAGAAGAAAGAUUAAAUCUGUGGCUCUGUGCGUCUCAAAGUGUCCAGACGCCGAGCUGAAGACUUAUGAGGAUCUCACAAAGUUCUCCACGGCUAACGGAUCUGAUUUGUGCUCUUAUGAUGUCCAGCCAGACACUUAUUCAUCUCACCGUAAUCAAACAACAAAAUGUCCUACACUUCCUGUCCAUCCAAGUGCAUCUUUACCAGUGUUUCACCGCUGUAUUCCCGUUGACAUUUCCUGCUACGCCAAGUUUGCCGAGGCCUUCAUCACUUUCGUCAGUGACAACAGCGUGGUGCACCGGGUCAUCGCUGGAGUGAUGACAUCCAGAGAGAUCAUCAUGGGCCUGUGUCUGCUCGCUCUCGUUCUGUCUCUGAUCCUGAUGGUUGUGAUCCGCUACAUCUCUGUGGUUCUGGUCUGGAUUCUCACAGCUGUCGUGGUGGUCGGGUCGAUUGGUGGGACGGGGAUCUUGUGGUGGCUGUAUGUGGAUCAGUCAAAAUCUGUGAACGUCACUCUACCGGCUCUGGAACUGGAGGUGGCCAAAGACAACCAGAAAGCCCUGCUCAUCUACGCCAUCGCUGCCACGGUCUUCAUGGUGAUUCUGCUGCUGCUGAUGUUCUUCAUGAGGAAGCGUGUGGCGCUCACCAUCGCUCUGUUUCACGUGGCCGGUAAAGUGUUCACCCAUCUGCCUCUGCUGGCCCUGCAGCCCGUCUGGACCUUCCUCACGCUCAUGCUCUUCUGGGUUUACUGGAUCACUGUGCUCCUCUUCCUCGGAUCCGCAGGAAGUCCAGUGCAGAAUAACCAGACGGGUCUGGUGGAGUUCCGGAUGGACGGGCCGCUGCAGUACAUGGUGUGGUACCACGCCGUCGGCCUCAUCUGGAUCAGUGAGUUCAUCCUCGCCUGUCAGCAGAUGACCGUAGCCGGAGCUGUCGUCACAUACUACUUCACCAGAGAUAAGUCUCAGAUGCCCUUCACGCCCAUAGUGUCGUCUGUGCUGCGUCUGAUGCGCUAUCAUCUGGGCACCGUGGUUAAAGGAGCCUUCAUCAUCACUCUAGUGGAGAUUCCCCGCCUCAUCCUCACCUACAUCCACAGUCAGCUCAAAGGAAGAGAAAACGCCUGUGCGCGCUGCGUGCUGAAGGCGUGUAUCUGCUGUCUGUGGUGUCUAGAAAAGUGCCUCGCUUACCUGAACAUGAACGCAUAUACGGCAACGGCCAUCAACAGCACCAACUUCUGCACGUCUGCGCGAGACGCUUUCUUCAUCCUCGCGGAAAACGCUCUCCGUGUGGCAGCUAUCAACAGUGUCGGGGACUUUGUGCUGUUUUUAGGAAAGGUGUUGAUCGUGUCGUGUACAGCAUUUGCGGGCGUCCUUGCGCUGAACUAUCAGCGUGAAUACACCGUCUGGGUGCUGCCGCUCAUCAUCGUGUGCGUCUUCGCCUUCCUGGUGGCCCACUGCUUCCUCUCCAUCUUUGAGAUCGUAGUAGACGUACUCUUCCUCUGCUUCGCCAUCGACACCAAGUACAACGACGGCAGCCCGGGCAGAGAGUACUACAUGGACAAAGCCCUUAUGGAGUUUGUAGAAAAUACCAGAAGAGCGACAGAGCGGUACAGCAAAGUAGAAGGAGAGAGUCGGGAAAUGAAAUCUAUGACUGGAGGUACACUGGCUUGAUGAAGAGCAGUGUAGUAUUAUAUCAACGGACACUCC